GGCUCCUCCCUUUGCCGCGCCUCCACCCAGGUCUCGCGAGACUUGUUGACUCCGUUCCGCAGGCACAUCUCGCGAGGCUGCAGGCAGGGCAGGGCCCGACAUGGCGGAAGAGGAGGUGGCCAAGUUGGAGAAGCAUUUGAUGCUUCUUCGACAAGAGUAUGUCAAGCUGCAGAAGAAACUGGCAGAGACAGAGAAAAGAUGCACGCUUUUGGCUGCACAGGCAAACAAGGAGAGCAGCAGUGAGUCCUUCAUCAGCCGCUUGCUGGCAAUAGUGGCAGGUCUCUAUGAGCAGGAGCAGUACAGCGAUUUGAAGAUCAAGGUUGGGGGCAGGCACAUCAAUGCUCACAAGUUUGUCCUGGCAGCUCGCAGUGAUAGCUGGAGUCUGGCCAACUUGUCUUCCACAGAAGAGCUAGACUUGUCAGAUGCGAAUCCUGAGGUGACAAUGACCAUGCUUCGCUGGAUCUAUACCGAUGAGUUAGAGUUCAGAGAGGAUGAUGUGUUCCUGACUGAGUUGAUGAAACUGGCUAAUCGCUUUCAACUCCAGCUCCUUAGGGAGAGAUGUGAGAAAGGUGUUAUGUCUCUGGUGAAUGUUAGGAACUGUAUUCGCUUCUAUCAGACUGCCGAGGAGUUAAAUGCCAGCACACUGAUGAACUACUGUGCAGAAAUUAUUGCAAGUCACUGGGAUGACUUGCGAAAGGAGGACUUCAGUAGCCUGAGUGCUCAGUUGUUAUACAAAAUGAUCAAAUCCAAGACAGAGUACCCACUACAUAAAGCUAUCAAAGUGGAGAGAGAAGAUGUAGUCUUCCUGUAUCUUAUUGAAAUGGAUUCCCAGCUCCCUGGGAAGCUGAACGAAAUGGAUCAUAAUGGAGAUCUUGCAUUAGAUCUGGCUCUUUCACGGCGACUAGAGAGUAUUGCUACCACUCUGGUUAGUCAUAAAGCUGAUGUGGACAUGGUAGACAAGAAUGGCUGGAGCUUGUUACAUAAAGGAAUCCAAAGAGGAGAUCUCUUUGCUUCUACAUUCCUCAUUAAGAACGGGGCCCUUGUCAAUGCUGCCACAUUGGGGGUCCAAGAGACCCCGUUACACCUUGUAGCAUUGUAUAGUUCAAAGAAAUACUCAGCAGAUGUGAUGUCUGAGAUGGCGCAGAUUGCAGAGGCCCUCCUACAGGCUGGUGCCAACCCCAACAUGCAGGACAGCAAGGGCAGGACUCCUUUACACUUGUCCAUCAUGGCCAGGAAUGAAUAUGUGUUCAAUCAGCUGCUGCAGUGUAAACAGUUAGACUUAGAGCUGAAGGAUCAUGAGGGCAGUACUGCGCUCUGGCUUGCCGUCCAGUACAUCACCGUGUCUUCUGACCAGUCUGUCAACCCCUUUGAAGACCUUCCUGUGCUGAACGGAACGUCCUUCGAUGAGAACAGCUUUGCAGCCAGGCUCAUCCAACGUGGCAGCAACACCGAUGCUCCGGAUGCAGUGACAGGAAAUUGUUUACUACAGCGGGCAGCCGGGGCAGGAAAUGAGGCUGCAGCUCUUUUCCUGGCAACCAGUGGUGCCCAUGCCAACCACAGGAACAAAUGGGGAGAAACUCCUUUGCAUACAGCUUGUCGGCAUGGCCUGGCCAACCUUACAGCAGAGCUCCUGCAGCAAGGUGCCAAUCCAAACCUGCAGACAGAGGAGGCGCUGCCUGUGUCUAAAGAGACUCCGGUCCUAAUGGGUUCUGCAGAUGGCAUCUACCUGCAGACACCGUUGCACAUGGCAAUUGCCUAUAACCAUCCAGAUGUGGUGUCUGUCAUCCUGGAGCAGAAAGCCAAUGCUCUUCAUGCCACCAACAACUUACAAAUUAUUCCGGACUUCAGCCUCAAGGAUUCCAGAGACCAAACUGUGCUAGGCCUAGCGUUAUGGACUGGCAUGCACACAAUCGCUGCCCAGCUUCUGGGCUCUGGAGCAUCUAUCAAUGACACCAUGUCAGAUGGGCAGACUUUGCUGCACAUGGCCAUACGGAGGCAGGACAGUAAGAGUGCACUCUUCCUCCUGGAGCACCAAGCCGAUAUAAACGUCAGGACUCAGGAUGGGGAGACUGCCCUUCAGCUGGCUAUCAAAAAUCAGCUUCCACUAGUAGUUGAUGCCAUAUGUACUCGAGGAGCUGACAUGUCUGUGCCAGAUGAAAAAGGGAACCCACCACUGUGGCUUGCCUUGGCAAGUAAUCUGGAAGACAUCGCUUCCACUCUGGUCAGACAUGGCUGUGAUGCCACGUGCUGGGGCCCAGGACCCAGUGGGUGUCUUCAGACACUUCUGCACAGAGCCAUUGAUGAAAACAAUGAGUCCACUGCCUGCUUUCUUAUUCGAAGUGGCUGUGAUGCGAAUAGUCCCAGACAACCAGGUACUGAUGGAGAAGGAGAAGAGGAGGCAAGAGAUGGGCAGACCCCCCUGCAUUUGGCAGCCUCAUGGGGUCUGGAAGAGACAGUUCAGUGUCUUUUGGAAUUCGGUGCCAAUGUCAAUGCACAGGAUGCAGAAGGAAGAACACCUAUCCAUGUAGCCAUCAGCAACCAGCAUAGCGUCAUCAUUCAGCUGUUGAUUUCUCACCCUAACAUUGAGUUGAGUGUACGAGACAGACAAGGGCUGACCCCUUUCGCCUGCGCCAUGACUUACAAGAACAAUAAGGCAGCUGAGGCCAUUCUAAAGCGAGAGUCUGGGGCUGCUGAGCAGGUAGAUAAUAAAGGUCGGAAUUUUCUUCACGUGGCAGUUCAGAACUCUGACAUCGAAAGUGUCUUGUUCCUGAUCAGUGUCCAGGCCAAUGUGAACUCCAGAGUCCAGGAUGCUUCCAAGUUGACCCCACUGCACCUUGCUGUUCAAGCAGGCUCAGAGAUCAUUGUCCGAAAUCUGCUUCUUGCAGGAGCCAAGGUGAAUGAAUUAACCAAGCAUCGUCAGACCGCCCUCCAUCUUGCUGCCCAGCAGGACCUGCCCACCAUCUGCUCUGUCCUUCUAGAGAAUGGAGUGGACUUUGCUGCUGUGGAUGAGAAUGGAAAUAAUGCUCUUCAUCUUGCGGUCAUGCAUGGUCGACUCAACAACAUUCGAGCUCUUCUGACAGAGUGCACAGUGGAUGCUGAAGCCUUUAAUCUGAGAGGCCAGUCACCACUACACAUUCUGGGACAAUAUGGCAAAGAGAAUGCAGCAGCCAUCUUUGAUCUCUUCUUAGAGUGCAUGCCUGAAUAUCCUCUGGACAAACCAGAUGCAGAAGGGAACACAGUGCUGCUCUUAGCAUACAUGAAAGGGAAUGCCAACUUGUGCCGUGCCAUCGUUCGGUCUGGGGCUCGCCUUGGGGUGAAUAAUAACCAAGGAGUCAACAUUUUCAAUUACCAGGUUGCCACUAAGCAGCUUCUGUUUAGAUUAUUAGAUAUGCUCUCCAAGGAGCCUCCGUGGUGUGACGGCUCCAACUGCUAUGAGUGCACUGCCAAGUUUGGAGUCACAACUCGCAAACAUCACUGUCGUCACUGCGGCCGUCUUCUUUGCCAUAAAUGCUCAACCAAGGAGAUUCCUAUUAUAAAGUUUGACCUGAACAAGCCUGUGCGGGUUUGCAACAUUUGCUUUGAUGUACUGACUCUGGGUGGAGUCUCCUAGUGAGCCCCAGGAGGGUCCAGGCCUGCAUCCCCUGGUACCUCCCCAGCAGCUGCUCUACUCACCAGCCUGCCUCCUACCCAGAGCAAGAGCUGGCAGUUGUCUUCCUGUGGCAGAAGACUGGAACAAUUACAGACCCUGGUGUGAUCCCAUUUCAGACGAUUCUGUAUGACUGUGUCAAACUGUGGUCUAUUGCACUAGAUGUCUCACUGGUUGGACCAGGCCAGUGUAGCCUGGGUGACCCAUGUGAUAGGCAUCGGCUAGCAGCACAUAAGGACACUUGGAGUCAAUGUUCCCUUCUGAUAGUAUAGCGUCCAUCUCGGAGAAUUCAGUCUUCCUGCCUGGGCUGACUCAGAGGCAGAGCCUGACAGAGUAGAGAGCAGCUGCCAGACAGAGCUGAUUACUCUAGGGUGGCGGCUCCUCUACGCGGCUGUGGCCUUUAAUGCACAGUGUUUUCAUAAAGAUAAUAGGAACCUCUUGCCCUCAAGUCUUUUCUUUCUUUUUUAAGCUAAGCUGUAUUUUUUAGUGAGCUGCCCCCUUUAAAAAGGUGAAAUCUUUCUAAACAGGGUUCAAAGAUGAGAGCUGAAAAAUUGUGGCCUUAACAACUGAAGCUUUACCAAUGUUGAUACUGCUGGGUGUCAGAGUGCAGUGGCAGCUUGACACCUAGCAGCUGUCUCAUUCUCUCGUCUUGCUGCGUCCUGUCUGUGGAGUCCUCAGUCGCUGCCACUUGAGUGGUAGAAGAAAUGCACUUUGACUGUGCUGCACUUUUUCUAAAGCUGCAUCAUUGGUGAAUCCAACUCAAAAAUCCCUUCACAUCCCUUCUAUAGUGACUCUGAUGGCCAGCUCGGACUAAACCUCAGCACACACUGAUCUUAAAGGGAAAACUGCCAAGAAGGAAGAAACUCAUACUGAUGAGAAAGAUGAGUAUGACUUCAGUCCAGGUCCUCUCUCCCUGACACAUCCUUCCUGCUAAAAGCUUGCCGUGCAUGCUGAGUGCUGCUGGGGCCAGUUCUGAGUAGUGCCCUGCCCAUCAGAGCCAGCAGCCAAGGCCCGGCCAAACUAUGAGCAGCCUGUUUUGGAAGUCUGGCUGAAAUGUGGAGCAAGGCUCUGAAGCACAGGGCGUUGGUUCUUCCUGCUGCCUGUAUUAACCCUGGGAUGCUGGGCCUCUUUCUUUUUAAUGUUUGGCCAGUGUUUUGGGUUGUUUCUGGCUUGGAAUUUAAUUUUUUUUCAAUUUUAUUAUAUUGCACACUGAAGGAGAAAGUUCUACCACUUUUUUUUUUUUUAAAGAAACAAAAA